AUGGUUUCCAAAGAAUCAUCAAAAAGUACAUCUUCACUAUUCAGUGUUGCUAGUUUAUUAGAAUCGCCAGUUCGAGAUUCGGAGAAAGAGAAAUCUGUAGCUGUCACACCAAAAACACCAUUACUAAUUCCAACAAUUCAUGGAAUGGCACCGUAUUUCAAUGGGCAGAUUGAUCCAGUUAUGAUUUAUUUUGCACAAUCAAGGUAGGGAUUUUGGAGAAGGUUGGGAGACAGAAGAGAGAGAGAUAAAAAUUCUGAUGUUUCUUGAAGUUAUGAGUAGAAAAUUCAUUUUCAAAUGGCGGCCUAAACUCUAGAUUAUCUAAAAGAUUUUUUUUGUAUGGUUCGUGAAAUUUCUAAUACAAUCCCGGUUUAGUACAAAAAUCAUUUUUUUUCCAGAAAACCCCAGUAAUUUUUCAGGUUACCAAUUGUGAGUUCUGAUAGUUCUCCAGAAUCGUGUGCAAGUUCCCCGUUAAGUAUGCAACAUUCAAUUCCAUGGUUAUCACAAAGAGAAGAUUCGCCCAGUAAGUUACCCAGAAACAACUCUGCAGUUUAAGCCAAAUACAACAAUUCUUUCAGCCAACGACGAAGCAAAAAUACAAAUUGGUUUAACCAAAUGUAUGUUACGUAAACACAAAAACAAUCGAAAACCUCGUACACCAUUCUCCACUCAACAAUUAUUAUCACUCGAACGUAAAUUCCAACAGAAACAAUAUUUAUCAAUUGCGGAACGCGCCGAAUUCUCAGCGUCACUUCAACUUACGGAGACACAAGUCAAAAUUUGGUUCCAGGUGAGAAUAUUAUAAUACGCGUGCCGAUUGAUGAUUAUUAUCUUAAUUAUGGGUGUUCUUUUGUUGAUUUAUCCUCUUCUCUGAUUUUAUCACCAUUCUUUUCCCAACAAAAAUGUGACCUUCACGCCUUUCUGAGAAUGAGCCGAUAUGUUGCACAAUGGCGGUAAACACCAAAAAAAGAAGCAACUCCUAAUCCUCUUGUUAACUAUAUAAUAAUACAAUAAGAAUUAAAAUAGCGCAAAAAAGGAUAGGAAAAAAAUCACACCAGAGUGUCAAAUGACAUUGUCGCCAGCUGGCCUCUUCAUCAUACUGUAUCUUUUUUGUUGUGUUUGGCUAAAUUCCAGGGGGGUAUUGGUGGCAGAUGACGACGAAUGAGUUAAUUGACCUUCAUCAUCACGUAAUUGGCAAAUAUUGCUUGCACAUUUCAAUUCAUUUUCUCACCCACCCUCUUUUUUCUUGAGUGUUAUCAGAGAGUAUUUGAAUAAGGGAUCCGCUGAAUGAAGAGGGGUUAUAAUUGGAGAAAUGCUUCUAAGGAAAAACUUUCAUCAAGCAUUGAUUGGAAAAAAUACAGUAGGAAUCUCUGAAAUUUAGUAAACAUAGGGAUCAUUUUGAUUUAAUGGAGGAAUACCGUACUUUUUGAAAAACUCUGAUUUCAACAAAAAAUAUAAGGAUUUCCAGUAGUUUCUAGUCUAGACCGUUCCCACAGAUCAAAAAAACUCAACUGUAGUUUGACUUAAAAAGUUAUCUGCCUGUAAUUUGAUAUUUUGAAACAAAUAGCUUUUGUUAAGUUUUGUCUUUUCCUAUCUUCCAUUUAAAGUCAGAACUAUUCGAAAAUCAAUAUUUCGAAGUCAAUCAAAAAUUAGACCAAUUACGUAAUUCACCACGAAUAAAAUAAUCUCUCCUCAAUAAAAAUGUUUUGUUCCUCAUCCAUUCACACCAUCAUCAAUCCGUCAAAAAAACAAAAAAAAAGAGAAGGGGAAUUGUUUUUGAUGAUCCAUUAAAUGCAUUGCACAACAUCUGCAUUAUUCCACCUGAUUUACUACAUUUUUAUCCCCACCUUCUGGAAUGUAAAUGUGAGAAGACACAGAUGAAAAAAAAAUUUAUUUUCAUCUUACACAAUUUUUUUCAAAACUCUCAAAUCAUCAAGGUCAUUAAACUCUGAUUAAAAAAAUGAAAAGAGAAACAUAUCCAGCUGUGAAUUGAUAACAUUUUUUGUCUCAAAUUUGAAAAAAAAAACAUUUUUAGAAACUGGGGUAUUUUUUCAGAACCGACGAGCAAAAUCAAAGCGUCUUCAGGAAGCCGAAGUAGAAAAAGUCAAAUUUGCGCAAGCCAGUGCGUAUGCGGCAGCUGCAUCACAAUCAGAGGCCUCAAAUUUUCUCUCAUUUUACCCGCCACAAUGGUGA